CGAGUGCGGCCGGCCGCGCCCUCCGGCUUGCGCUCUCCCUGCGCUCUGGGUAAUGGGACACUGGCUCCUCUGAUUUAGGGAAAAGUGUUAUGAAGGGGAGCUCCAGUCGGCAGUUGUCUGCAUUAGUAAAUACCGCGCCUAAGGCAGCGUACUUGUGCGAUCGAUCCGGGGGAGGGAUAUAGUCGCGCGUGCGUCCCGCGGUCGCCCGCCCGCGUGUCGACUCUCAACCGUCGCCGUUGUCGCACGCCCGCGACCUGUGGAACGCACCGACUCGAACUUGUUGCGAACACCACCUGUUAACUCAUGGGGGCACCGUGAAACUCAGCGUUGGCCACCAUGCCGCGCUGCUACAUGGUGAAGAAAGGCGUGCAGCGGCACGAGGGGCCCCCGCCAUGCAGCCCGACGGAGGCGAGCGUCGCGCCUCCGUGCUACAGCCCCGCCGAGCACUCCGCCCUCACAGAGGGGCGCAGCAGCGAGUACGCGGAGCUGGGCGUGCCGCUGUCGCAGCGCUCGGCGGCGGACACGGAGGCGGCGCACGAGCUGCUGUCGCUGGCGCAGUCGCUGCCGCCGCUGCCGCCCGCCGCGCACCUCGUCACCGUGCUCGCGCCCGAGCCUGCGCCGCUGCUGCCCGUCUACACCUACACGCUGCAGCCCACCAACAUCUACAUCCUGGCCGAGGAGCCGCCCGACCCCGUCUACCACGCCGUGCAGACCGUCACGCCGCUGCAACCCGUCGAGUUUGUUGACUCGCAGAUCAGCUAUGUCGAGUACCAGCCCGUGCCACCGCCGCCGCCACCACCGCCGCAACACGCUGACUACCGAAUGGAAUACAAAGAGGCCGAACCUGAGCCCGAACCUGAGCCCGAGCCUCCAGCGCCCCCAUCUCCCGAAAGCGAACCGGUGCCUACCACCAAGGAAAAACCCGCGAAAUACGAUUGUAAUGAGUGUGGCAAGCGGUACGCGACGUCGUCGAACCUGUCGCGACACAAGCAGACGCACCGCAGCCUGGACUCGGUGGCGGCCAAGCGCUGCGGCGAGUGCGGCAAGGCGUACGUGUCCAUGCCGGCGCUGGCCAUGCACGUGCUGACGCACCGCAUGGGGCACGUGUGCGGCGUGUGCGGCAAGCAGUUCUCGCGGCCGUGGCUGCUGCGCGGGCACCUGCGCUCGCACACGGGCGAGAAGCCGUACAACUGCGCGUCGUGCGGCAAGGCGUUCGCCGACCGCUCCAACCUGCGCGCGCACCUGCAGACGCACUCGGCCGACAAGAAGCACGAGUGCGCGCGCUGCGGCAAGUCCUUCGCGCUCAAGAGCUACCUCAACAAGCACCAGGAGGCGGCGUGCGUGCGCGACGACGACGACGAGGACGAGUGACGUGCGGCCGCGCGCAUACUACAAACGAUGCAACGAACUAUUUCUCUAUGAACUUCUUUACACCUUUGUAUUACUGAAAGGAACAUAUUUUAUAGGGUAGAUGCUCGUAGUUUCGACGGCGUCGAAUGAAUAAUAAGCAAUAAUAAUGUACCUAAUCUCGUUAUGGCUCUUUCCAUAAGUCUAAAAGAUAAAUAUUAAUGCAAAAUUAAAUUUAAAUAAAUCGUAUUUUUUCAAUUAUUAGUCCGAAAAUGACGGAAGUAAUCGUGUCAAUUUAUGGCAAGAGCCUGCAAUGUUACAGCAGUAGGAUAAUGUUUACAUAGUAACGUUAAGUAAGUUAGCGUCGCGGGUGUGGUGUGCGACAUUAGAUGUAGUUACAGUGAUACGUAGAGACUUAAUGAAACCGUCGAGCUGUGGUACAAAGAGAGCAAUAAAGUAACGAGUGUAGAGUGGCAGUUAGGCGCACGACUAGCGUGCCACGGUUAGCGUAGCUUAGCGCGCCCCGGGAGGACCAAACUGUUGCUCGGGCCGCCGCCGCCUCCGACUCCGCACACACCCCCACACUCACGCACACAGGCACACUCACGUACUCACGUACACGCGUCACCCCACUUGCACUGGAUGCUAACAAAUGUCACAUGGAAACAUGCACUCAAUGCUAGUCAUUCGAAAUGACGCCGUCGAUAUCCGCAACAAUUCGUAAGUGUUCAUUCAUUUCAUAUUAAACGUGUAAUAUGCUAUUGAUGUUGGUGUCAGUCUAUUCAAAUUGUCAAUCUGGAAACUGUAUAUAAGAAAAAUUGUCUAUUUAAAUCGAUGUUGUACUUCAAAGAAGAUGUUGUUAAAAUAAAGAUAUAUAACAUGUGAAAUUGUAUAUAUCGUUCAAAAUAAAUGUUUACCAGGUACAAGUUUUCAUCUGUCAUUUGUUGGCAUUAAAUGCGAAGAAAUAAUCGCUGAGUAUACCCAGUACCCCGAACUACGUAAAUACAAAUUGCUAGAGUUUAUUCCUGACCAAGUGAUAUAUCUUAUACGUAAUUAUGUUACGUGGUAUGUAAAAAGCUUUCAUGCUUUACGCUCACAUUAUCCUUACAAGUAAAAACACGAUUUUAACGAUCACUGAGCAGACAGAUGUUCAGUAGUUGCACAACAUUUACCAACUUUAUAGUAAUCUGCAUUAUACGCAUAAUCCUUCACUUGCACUAUAGAUACAACGAAUAUAGCAACCGAGUUGGAUUAGCCGUUACAGAAAUCGUGGAAAAAUAAGAGAGACAUUUGUUUCCCUUAACAAUGAAAUUCAGUAACUUCAUACAUGAUGUACUCGUAUAUCCAGCCUUCAACGGUUACCGAGCGAGUAUGCAUUGUUACGUACGUUUAAUAUUAGGGAUCGAACUAGCUUGUAAAUACGGUAGGGUGACCACGUUCAAAGCGAAACGGCCGCUUUUUCCCAAAUAUUUUGUAGUUCACACUCAAUAAUAUUUUGCACGUCACAUAUUAAAAGCAAUAUGACUGCAAAAUAUAGCUUUUCAAUGGCGCAUUUUCAGAUUUUCAGCUUUAUUACGAAAUGCUUCGAAUUUCACAGGAUCGUGUAUUAUGCUCUAGGUAUUUUGCUCACUUAUUCGUAAUGAUGAGUUUCGUAAUAAUUUCUCUGAAACAUAAAUUGAUUGAGUUGAAACUAUUUUCGGGAAAAGCGGAUGAACAUACCGAUUAUACCGAAAUUAUAUGAAAUUGCAUUGUUAUUUGCGAACCAUUUACAUUGAAACUGUAGGUAAGUUCACUUCACGCCCUCCUUCAACUUUAUUCGGUAAAUUAAGAUACAUUUUGGUUCGUGGUAAAGUUUGUUAGGUUACCGAUGGUAUAGAAUAGAUGGUAAAAUCAAUGGCACGGGUUGGACAAAAAACUAGGCAACAAUGCUUUAGGCUACAGAAGAAAAUGUCGACUGCCGAAAAAUAUUUUGGUCAUAAUCGCAUAUUGACAUUAAGCAACGGGUUAUAUUAUCAUAGAGGUAAAGUAUGAAUGUGGAAAAAAAUCUACCACUAGUUAUAACAGUUUUUCGAAAACUAUCAUAAAUUUAUCCAUUGUAAAUGUGCCGUAGUUGCGAUUACAGUACACU